AUGGCAUUUAAAUCGAGCCUUCGAUUGGAACCUCACCACAUUUUGUCCAGAAAUUGGAGCUCAGACACACACUUCUGCAGCUGGUACGGAGUUUCAUGCGUGCACCAGAGAGUUGUAGCUUUGCAACUUCCUAAUUUGUCCAUUCAAGGCAAAGUUUCUUCAGAAAUUGCCAACUUGACUCAACUUGCUCUUCUUGACCUUAGUAACAAUGAUUUGAAUGGCAAUUUACCAAGUGAGUUGGGCUUCUUGCAGCAACUGAGACUUUUUAAUGUGACUGGGAAUUCUCUUGAUGGAACUAUUCCUCUGAAUAUAAGCCGUUGUCAUGUACUGCAAGAACUUCAUUUAUCAGAUAACAUGAUCAAAGGAAGCAUACCUCAAGAACUUGGUCGUUUAAGUCAACUUAGAAUUUUGCGUCUCAACGACAAUAAUCUGACAGGAAAGAUUCCACCUUUAUUAGGAAACUUAUCAAAGCUGGAAUAUUUUUAUCUGCAUGAAAAUGAUUUGGAAGGUGAAAUACCUGAUGAAAUUGGUGAUCUUACCAAUUUGAGGCUCCUUUCCUUUCGUGGCAAUGACUUCACUGGAUCGAUACCUGCUUCAAUUUUCAAUAUUUCAAGAUUACAAAUUGUGGAUCUCUCGAUAAAUGCCUUAUCAGGGGAACUUCCAAGUGAUUUGGGUAAUUAUCUUCCUAUCCUUGAACAUCUUUUUCUGGACAGCAACAGGAUCACGGGGAAAAUCCCGGUUUCUUUAUCAAAUGCAUCAAAGAUUACUCAUCUCUUCUUCACUGUAAAUGAUGUGCAAGGAAAUAUUCCAAAUGAGUUUGGUAAGUUGCAUGAACUAGUCUGGUUUGAAUUUGAAUAUAAUCGAAUUUCUGGUACCAUUCCAUCCAGCUUAUUCAAUAUUUCGUCUCUUGAAAUCCUCAAAGCCAGGCAUAAUUACUUAAAUGGGCAUCUUCCGUAUGAUCUUGGUACUUGGCUACCUAACUUGCAGGAGAUUUUCCUUUCACACAACCAAUUCAGUGGAGAUCUACCCGCUGCAAUAUGCAAUGCUUCAAAGCUUGAAAAUCUUGAAGUUGCAAACAAUAGUUUUACCGGACCGAUUCCCAUGAUGUUAGGUAACCUGGUGGACCUUAUAGCUCUAAAUCUGCAAAAUAAUCUGUUGGAAAACAAUCCUGGAGCCACACAACUUGACUUCUUGAAUUCAUUGGUAACCAGCAGGAAUCUGGUGUACCUGAUUCUUGCAUCUAAUCCUUUGAAUGGAAUUUUUACGGAAUCAAUAGGAAAUUUAUCAAGCAAUAUCAGGGUCCUUGAUGCAUUGGACUGUGGAAUUAGAGGCAGUAUGCCAACAAACAUUGGAAACUUAAGUGGCUUGAUUUUCCUGGGAUUAGCAAGUAAUAACAUUGUCGGUAAUGUGCCCCCCUCGUUUGUUGGCCUGCAAAACCUGGAAAGGCUGUAUCUUAGUAGAAAUAAAUUAGAAGGGACAUUUCCAGCUGAACUGUGCAGCAUAGGAAGAUUAGGUCUACUGCAUUUGGGAGAAAACAGACUGUCAGGAGAAGUACCCUCGUGUAUCGGAAAUCUGACUGAAUUAAGAGUAAUGUCAAUUGCUGCCAACAAUUUCAGCUCAAAGUUACCUUCAAGUUUCUGGAGAUUAGUAAAGCUUGAUAGUCUGAACUAA